AUGCAGUGCAUUACAAAAUGUGAUAAUACAAAGCCUAAACCACAAGAACUAGGGUUUCUCAAAGGAGAUGUUGUUACUAUCAUUGACAAAUGGCAGGAUAGAGGCUGCUAUCGAGCCUAUCACCAUGCCAGUGGAUUGGAAGGUCGGAUCUCUGCAAGUGCAGUGCGUGAACGGCCACCUAUCAAAGUUGACCAGAGACAUAGUUUGAUGCCUUGGUUCCAUGGGCCUAUUUCUGGGGAGCAGGCUGUCCAACAGCUUCACUCUAAAGAAGAAGGCUUAUUCUUGAUACGAGAGUCAGGAAGGCACCCUGGAGACUAUGUACUCUGUGUUUGUCACAAUGGCAAAGUUAUACACUACAGGAUUUUUUACCAAGAUGGACAACUGAGCAUUGAUCUCAAAGAAAAGUUCAGCAACCUUAUAGAUAUGAUUGAGUACUACACAGUUACCCAGGGAGUCCUUGCCACAAAGCUAAUGAAACCCAAACCAAAACAAGGGGCAAAAUCAGCAGAAGAGGAACUUGCAAAAGCUGGGUGGUUGCUCAAUGUUCAGCUCCUGACAUUCGGAGAGAAGAUUGGAGAAGGAGAAUUUGGAGAUGUAUUAAAAGGAAGCUAUAUGGGUCAGCCGGUGGCCAUCAAGAACAUUAAGUGUGAUGUCACUGCAAAGAACUUUUUGGCAGAGACCACCACAAUGACACAACUGAAACACAAGAAUCUGGUGAAUCUGUUGGGAGUUGUUCUCAACAAUGGUCUUUAUCUUGUGAUGGAACUAAUGAGCAAGGGUAAUCUUGUAAAUUAUUUGCGUUCAAGAGGUCGUAAUAGUGUGCUCCCUUGGCAGCUUCUCCAGUUUUCUUUGAACAUUGCUCAAGGUAUGGAGUAUCUUGAAGAAAAACGACUGGUACAUCGGGAUUUAGCUGCACGGAACAUUUUAGUGUCAGAGAGCGAUGAGGCAAAAAUCAGUGACUUUGGUCUGUCCAAGUCUAAGCUCUUACCCGAGGAUGUCACUAGGCUUCCUAUCAAGUGGACUGCUCCAGAAGCAUUACAACAUAAUAAAUUCUCAUCUCGGUCAGAUGUUUGGAGUUUUGGGAUACUGUUGUGGGAAAUAUUUUCUUAUGGAAGGUCUCCAUAUCCAAAAAUGUCUGUGAGAGAAGUAGCUGAGAAGGUGCAGAUUGGUUAUCGCAUGGAUGCUCCUGAAAAUUGCCAACCUGUUGUGUACACACUAAUGAAAAGCUGCUGGGAAGAUGAUCCAGGCAAACGUCCCUCAUUCAAGAAAUUAAAAGAGAAGUUGGAAAAAAUAAAAACAGCAUAG